AUGUUCCGUGUUCAACUGCUUCCUGACUCCUCAUCACAUGCAACCCCCGGCUGGACAUACGUCGCAGACCGGGGGUUUGACCCUGCCAAAGCUGCCAUGGCUCCGUCCCUUGGCCGCAAACGCGGAAUUCGCGACGCUGGCAAAGGCGGCGACAUCUCCUCACGACGUGCAAAUGCCAUUGUACGACAUCUUGCAGAACUCGAUCGUGAGAAUCACCGAGAUGUGCAGAUUACCGUCCCGGCGAAACCAGCAAAAGAAGCCGGCGCGCGCGCCUCUCGAACGAAGACAACCUCCAACGUUCGCCGUAUCCUGCAGUCACAGAAGACUUUUCGGAAUCACCUUGACGACGAGGAGGCAGCGAUUGCUGCUGGGGGUGGCGGAGUCACCGUGCCCCCGGGGACAGCGAAUAUCGGGGCUGCAGUGCCCUCGAGGGUAAAAGCAAAGGUGGCUGCAGCGCGACGAAGCGAAACGCCGGUAUCCAGCAGUGCCGCGCGACGGAAACGUCCGUCAGCUGCUAUGGCCGCUUCUUCUACACCAACACCAGCCCCAUCAGCUGCAGAGACAAUGACUACCGAUCCCGAGACGGAUGCGGAGGAGAAAAAGCCCAAACUUCUCAAAACCGAACAUGACGACGAUCCCCUCCUCCGCUCCUACGCACCGACUAUGCCCUCAGACCGGAUAAUGCAGCGCCUGUUGGCAGAGCCAGCGUUGUCAUACAAUGCCUCUCGUGCCAGGCCACCCCUCUCGGCGCAACCACCGCGCUCCUUUUGCUGUAUGUGUGGAUACUGGGGCAAAAUCCGAUGCAAAAGUUGUCACUUGAGGACAUGCGGGCUUGAUUGCUACCGGGUUCACGAGGAUUCAAGAUGUGGAGCGUUCUUUUAA